GAGGAUAACACACAAUUGAAGAACUGUGUUAUCGAUAAAUAACCUUUUUUUUCUGACAAAUCACUCGUGUUAUAACAUAAUCCAAGUGCGCAAUUCCCCAUAAAAGUUCAAGCGGAGGUCAGUUAUUUUGUUUUGGUGGUCCGUUUCUCAGGUAGAGAGAGAGAGAGAGAGAGAGAGAGAGAGAGAGAUUUGUCAGAGGGGUGCAUUGUUAAUGGAGGUUCAUAAAAGGAUAUGUUCUUGGAUGCCCAUUCUCUGGGUUUGCCUCUUGAACACCCUCUGUCACCAUGCAAGAGCUUCUUCUUCUUCAUCAUCUCCGGCUUUAUUCAACCUAUCCCUCCCUCACCAGCACCCUUUCCCAGGAGAUGUUGCUCUUGAUGUUCAAAGAAAGCUCAACGAGUCGAUCUCGAGAAGACUCCUCCUCACAGACCCACUAUACGGCCAAUCUCCACCGCCGGAAAAUCCCUCAUGCCUCACCGGAAACCCAAUCGACGACUGCUGGCGAUGCGUCCCCAACUGGGCAGAGAAUCGCCAACUACUCGCCGACUGCUCCAUCGGCUUCGGCCGCGGCACUCUCGGCGGCAAAGGCGGCCGGUUCUACGUCGUCACCGACUCCUCCGACCGAGACGCCGCCAACCCAGUCCCCGGAACCCUCCGACACGCCGUGAUCCAAUCCGAGCCACUCUGGAUCAUCUUCGCCGGCGACAUGCUCAUCAAGCUCAAGCACGAGCUCAUCGUCUCCAGCUACAAGACCAUCGAUGGCCGCGGAGCCAACAUCCACAUCACCGGCCAUGGAUGCAUCACGAUCCAGCAAGUCUCUCACGUGAUCAUCCACAAUGUUCAUGUCCACCACUGCAAACCCUCCGGCAACGCGCUGAUCGCUUCGUCGCCGACCCACGUGGGACCCCGAGGAGACUCCGACGGAGACGGCAUCUCGAUCUCGGCGUCGGAUCACAUCUGGGUCGACCACUGUUCUCUGGGUUACUGUACGGACGGUCUCAUCGACGCCAUCCUCGGUUCCACCGCCAUUACAAUCUCCAACAGCUACUUCUCUCACCACGACAAGGUCAUGCUCUUGGGGCACGACGAUAGGUACUUGCCGGACUCGGGGAUGCAGGUGACAAUAGCGUUCAACCAUUUCGGGGAGGCGUUGGUGCAGCGGAUGCCACGGUGCAGGCAUGGCUACAUCCACGUCGCUAACAACGAUUUCACGGCGUGGGAGAUGUAUGCCAUUGGCGGUAGCGCUAAUCCGACCAUCAACAGUCAGGGUAACCGCUACACUGCUCCGUACGAUUCCAAUGCCAAGGAGGUGACAAAACGGGUGGACAGUGACGAGAGAGAGUGGUCGGGAUGGAACUGGAGGACGGACGGGGACAUGAUGGUGAACGGUGCGUAUUUCGUGCCGUCAGGUGAGGGUGCGGCCAACGAGUACGCUCGAGCAACCAGCGUUCAGCCUCGCGCAGCCGCUCUCAUCGACCAACUCACCCUUAAUGCCGGCGUCUUUGGUGAUCCCACUGGGAGGAACGGCCAAGGAGGGGCGAUUCCGGGGAACAGUGGGGGCGAUGGAAGGGCCACCACCACCGGACGGACGAAGGGCGGCGACCCUUUCUCGGCGAUAUUCAGGAUCAGUUCAGCACCAAGGCCUACUCCGAAUUCGGACGCAGUCUUGCGGAUAUUACUGACUAUCAUCGUAGUUUUGUAUGUAACACCACACAGACCAUGAUGAUGAUGAUCUCUUACCUUCUUCAAGAGGGUAUAUAUAUAUAUAUAUAUAGAAUCCAAAGAAAGGAGGUAUAUAGCUAUAUGAUGGGCUAGCUUUUGGUAUUUGUUCACGAUUGGAGGAGGAUUCUUAAAAAAUGUCGUGUUGAAAUUUAGGGGAGAAAACUAGCAAAUUUUAGGUGUGGAAAAGAGAAAAAGAUUAGGAGACUCGAAGAAGAAAUAAUUUUGUUGGUGGGAGGGAGCGGUGAUCAGCUUUAUCUUCUUUCAUUCUCUCUCUUGUCUUCUAUAAAAAAAACUAAAAACUAAAAACAAAAAAAGUUGAAGAUACUGCUUCAUCUUUGCUUUGACGUGUACACGCAUAUAUAUAUAUAUGAUGCUGCGCCUAAAAUCACAGAAACUUGUCAUCACAAUUAACAAAAAAAAAAACGGAAGAUCUAAACAUGAAAUUAGAAACAAAAACUAAUAAGCACAAAAGAUGGCCAUAAUCACAUCGCGAUGAUCGGUCAAUAAUCUCAGCCCGAGAUACCGAAAAAAACAACAAAAAAUCCAGCUCAUGAACUGAGAGUGAGGAGCCAAAAAGAAAAAAAAAA